AUGACGCGUCGAAUUGAGAUCGUCGUCAACCCGGCUUCGGGGUCCAAACUGGCCCUGUCGUUGGCCGAGCAACACGUCCAACCCCUCCUAAUCUCUUCCCUGGGAUCGGUAUCCUCCGACGGCGUUCGAAUCCGGCAAACAGAGAGCGUGGCUGACGGGGUGAGGAUCGGCGUCGAGAUCGCAUGUGAAUGGCUUGGAUCCGCCUCGGACGAAGAGCACUCCGUUCUGGACUUGGUGUUGAUCGGAGGGGAUGGGACGACACACGAGGUGUUGAAUGGACUGUAUCUCUCACAACUGGAUGGUGAGAAAGCAUCGCAGCGAAGUGCAAAGGCGACACUCAGUGUCAGGCUGGCCAUUGUUCCUGGAGGCACGGCCAAUGCGCUAUACUCCGGCAUGUACCCGCACGACUGGACACAAGAAGUCCAAUAUCAAGUAGCCACCGCUUCAUCGACGGGCGAUCUUUCAACCGACGUAGUAGAUGUAAUGCUCAAAAGCGUCCGCUCGCUAGCCUCCUCGAUCUCAUCGAAAGGAGAACGAUUGGCGGCACUCCCGCUGAUUCUCAACCAUCUCGAAGGCGGCGAGGCCGAGGAAUUGUUGGUCAGCCAUCUCGUUACGUCGCACGCACUGCAUGCUGCGAUACUGCACGAUGCGGAUACGCCAGAGAUGCGGGCGCAGCACAAAGGAAUCGAGCGAUUCAAAGCGGCGGCUCAGAUGAAUGCGACUCGGUGGACACACGGGCGUCUUUCUUUGCACACUCGUAAAGAUGGUGGCGUGCAGCGCUACUCUCCCCCCACACGCGGCUUCGAACCCGUAGACGAUACAGAGAUGGAAGGUCCUUUCCUGUACCUCAACGCGAUGGUGACGGAUCGUCUCGAAUCCGCCUUCAUUCCUGCUCCUCUAUCCUCCGCCUUCGCUACAUCCAACAGCCUACCCCUAUCCGCCAUCGACGUCGUCGUUAUACGACCACGACGCGAUCCAUCCCUCUCCGCCGAUGUGGUAGCGAACGAGGCACAAGCAGGCAUUCAAUUCGCCACCACUCGACUAGGCGAGAUCACAACGGGCAUGUACAGCAAAGGAGCACACAUCGAUCUCACUUUCGAAGGAGGACAAGAACCGGUGGUCGAGUACUUUCGUUGUUCGGGGUAUACUUUUACGCCCCAAAGUGGAGAGGGAGAGGAGAAGGGCAGACUGGUAUGCACCGAUGGGUUCAUUUCGUCUGCUGCGAGAACUACGGUGUCGAGAUGGACUGGCAAGGAAGAGGAGGAGGAGGAGGCGGCGGCGGCGGGAGGCAAGCGCGUCCGGAAGGGUAUAGCUGCUCCUCUCGUUUGGCUCUGA